ACAUAUAUAAGCAACCAUAUGUCGCGCUGUCCAGAAAAAAUUUAAAAAAAACUCGACUGCUUUAUUAUUUUUUAUUUCUCCUCGCAUUAGUUAGUGCUAAAAAAACCAUUACUUUUUUAUUUUACCAUGACUACCACUGCCACCAUCAGCGCCAAUCUUCCGACCGACAUCAAGGAUGUCCACAUUCAGAACUACAUCAAUGGCGAGUGGGCGCCUCCGACUAAUGGCUUGUUUCUGGACAAGUACAAUCCAGCCACGGGCCAAGUGAUAUUGCAGAUCCCUGAUUCGGCCAGUGCUGAUGUUGAUAGCGCUGUAAAGGCCGCCAAGGCUGCAUUCCCCCUGUGGUCAAAGACGCCGGUCUCUGAGCGCGCGGCAAUUCUACUGCGCAUUGCCGAUCUGAUUGACGAGAACAGCUCAAUCUUGGGCACAUUCGAGUCCCUUGACCAAGGAAAGCCUGUUUUCUCCGCAAUUCACUUUGAAAUGCCAAUGUGUGCUGCUAGCUUCCGUCAGUUUGCAAAGCUCAUUACCGACGGCGGCAUUAAGGAAAGUGAAUCUCGUUUGGAAUCCAUGAUUACGCCGACCUCUAUUACUCAGCCCAAGGCCUCUAUUACUGAGUCAGUCACCCAGCACAUUGCUGCGGGUGUUGCUGGGCUCAUCACGCCCUGGAACUUUCCUUUGCCAAUGGUUUGCUUCAAGCUUGCACCAUGCAUUGCUGCCGGAAGCACCUGCGUUGUCAAGCCGACUGAGCUGAGCAGCAUCACGUCAUUCCUGCUUUCCCACAUCCUUCAUGCGGCAGGCGUGCCCAAGGGCGUCGUCAACAUUAUCUUUGGCAGCGGCCUCGGUGCUGGUGAGCCCCUUGUAAAACACAAAGACGUGAAGCUGAUCUCAUUUACUGGUGGAUCAGCCACGGGCGCUCGCAUCGGUGCUCUUGCCAGCGGCCAAUUCAAGCGUGUGUCGCUCGAGCUCGGUGGCAAGAACCCAGCUAUGUUCUUCGACGACUGCAACAUUGACCAUGCUGUGACCACCAGCAUUCGCGGCGCGUACACAAACCAGGGCGAGGUUUGCCUCUGUGCCUCUCGCCAGUACGUGCAACAUGGCAUCUAUGAGAAGUUUGUCGAGAUGUUCAGGCAAAAGGUGCGCAGCGACAUUUUUGUCGGCAACCCGUUGGACCCCAGGACGUUCUAUGGCCCAGUUAUCAGUCAGCAGCACAUGGACAAGGUUCUUGGCUAUAUUCGACUUGCGCAGGAGGAGAGUGCUACGGUCGAGUUUUUGGUCAACCCCAAUGAUAUCGCAGUCAAGGGCGUGUCGAGCGACGGCAGACUAACCAUCGAGGGCCACGAGGGCGGCUACUUUAUCGCGCCGACGCUGAUCACAAACAUCAAGCAGAGCUCGCGGGUUAUGCAAGAGGAGAUCUUUGGGCCUGUCGUUUGCAUCUUACCAUUCGGCACUGAGGAAGAGGCCGUUGAGCUCGCCAACGACACAGAAUACGGGCUGAGUGCCUCUGUAUGGACACUUGACCAUGACAAGCUUGAUCGUGUGAUGAGGCAGAUCAACGCCGGCCUGGUUUGGGGCAACAACUGGCUCAAUAUGGACCAAGACAUGCCAUUUGGCGGCAUGGGGUGCUCUGGAAACUGCCGCGAGAACGGCAAGUACAGCCUAGAGUUUUACACUGAGGUCAAGACCCUCUCUCGCCAUGUCUUUGACUAGAUGAGGUUUAAUUGUCAAUUUUUCAAUUGUAAAAUAUUUGCAGCUGGUACUUGUAAGUAAAAUUUGGCAUAAAAUGUAUGCUGCUCAGAGUUGUGCAAAUUCAAUAACUGCAUGCCUACCAUAAAAUGAGUUUUUUGUCUAGAAGUUAGUCUAAUCUAAUCGGCAAGCACAAUAAUUGGAUUUAUUCAAACGUGCUUUUUAUUUUCUCUGAGCAGGUUUAAAAAGAAAAAGAAAAACGUUUAGUUGAC